UAAUUAGUAAAAAAACAGCUGGGCAUGCAUUAACUUCUGAAUUACUACUAAAAACUCUUGGUGGGUGCUGACUAUAAAGAGAGGAGGAGAGAGAGAGCAAGGGGAAAGAAGAAGUGGGUACUUACAGAAAAAAAUAGCCUGCCUUGUUUCUGGUCUUUUGAAACUCUCUGAACCAGGAGGAGAGAGAAACAGAGAAAGAUGGGAAAUUGCCAAGCCAUAGAUGCAGCAACACUAGUAAUCCAACACCCAAGUGGUAAGGUUGAUAAACUAUACUGGUCUGUUCCUGCAAGUGAAAUCAUGAAGAUGAACCCUGGUCAUUAUGUUGCUCUUCUUAUCACCACCACCAUCUGCCACACCACAAACAACACCACCACCACCAACAACAACAACACCAACAACAACAAAAACAACAACCAGAAAAACAACAACAACAGCCAGAAAAACAGCAGCAAAGGCAGUGACAACAAAAACAACAGUCAGAAAAACAGCAGCAAAGGCAGUGACAACAAAAACAGCACCACCGGCACAGCCACCGGAGAUGGGCGGAAUACGGUGCGGAUAACUCGAGUUAAGCUGCUUCGGCCAACGGAAACUUUGGCUUUGGGUCAUGUUUAUAGGCUAAUCAGCACUCAAGAAGUUAUGAAGGGUUUGGUGGCAAAGAAACAGGCAAAGAUGAGGAAGAAUGGUAUAGAAUUAACAGACUCAGAAGGACUCAAAGAAGCUGAGAAAUUAGCUAAAAGAUCUCAGCAAGAAAAGACUCAUCAGGUUAGUAGACAUGGACAUCGAUCCAGAACACCAUCAGCUUCAAAUGGAGGAACAGCAAAACCAAAAAACUGGCAGCCAUCCCUGCACAGCAUUUCUGAAGCUGCAAGCUGAUAUUCUGGUAUCAAUAAUUUCACAUUUUCAACUAGGAAGAGAAACAGAGGAUCAAGUCUCCAUCAUCCCAUAAAAACACGAAAAAUCGAAACGUUUAGAAGGUUCGAGUUUGGGAGGUUUAGUGAAGAACAAACCCGGGUCUUGAAGACGACGCCGACCCGAGUCAUGCAGAAAAACUGUACAUAUUUGACAGAGGAAAAAUGCAAUUGACAAUGUUGUAUCAGAAGUUGAUCCUUGUUUCUCAUAAUUAAUUAGGCUUUAAUUCCCAUGACAAAUUUUCAACAAUGGUAGGGGAUAAAUAAUGAAUUAGUUGUUAAUUA